UCGUAUAUGAGCGGUGUGGCAUGGAAUGGUCACUAUUGACCAAUGGGAACAAUGCCAUUGACCACUGACACCCUGACACCAUAAGCAGCAUUUGCAAACAGACAAGAACAAACUCAAGUCAUUUUUUCACUUCACAUACUUUGAUUUGUACAUGUUUUUUUCCUGAAAUGUCAGUAUUAAGUGAGCAAAUCAUUCAAUCAUGGCUUGAUCGAAUUAAAAUUUUAACACAUCUUGGCACAUCUGCACUUGAGAUCAGAAGUAUAUCUGUUGAAUUGAAAUCUUUCCUUUGCUUGGUAAAGGACACAGUUACUGGUUUGGAACCAAAAGAAAUUCUCAUCCAGUUUCCUAGCAUUCCCAAAUUUUUACAGACUUUACUGAAUAAUGUUACCAUUCAAACUACAGUUGACCUUUAUCAACUUGUUCUGCAAUGUGUUACUGCUGUGUCUAUUUCAACUCAAGCGCAAAAAGAUGGAACUCAUGAUAAGUCCAUUAAGUGGGUUAAAUCCAAGUUUAAAAUGUUAUGCUCAUCUCGACCAAAAACUGUUGAUACAUAUAUCAACUUUGCAGAAGAGAUGGGUCUUCAGCCUCCUGACAUCACCGAAGAAUUCAAUAAAGAUCUUGUCAUUUCUUUGGUAAAUGAUCUUUCCUACACAACUUCACGCUGCCGAAAAUGGUGCCAUAUGAUCGGACAGUUCAUCCCAAAAUAUCAUGUCAAUGGAAACAAACUUAGAAGUAUUUCCGAAAUUUGUUUACCGAUCUUACCGAACAGAAUCGUUUCUCCUUUGGUUGAAGCUCUUCUUUGUUGUACAACAGCAAGUGAUGUGGUCAACAACGAUUUCGUGGCCUCAAGUUGUGGUGCUAUUUUAGCUGAGCAAGCCCUUUCACCCCACUUCAUUAAUGAAUUAAAGGAUGAUCCCAAGGACUUCUAUUUUGGAUUGAAGCAAUGUCAUGCACUCUCUUACAAAGCACGCCUGAACUUAUGGUUAAAAGAUGACGAAUAUUUUGAAGAAGAGAUAAUUACGCUCUUAGAAAUUUGUUGUUUCGAAAGACAAGACAUGUCAUUGACAGAAAUGAAGAAGUUCAUAUCCAAGAGAGAAUUGCCAAAAGCUUUAAACGAAAACCCUUCAUUACUUUGCAUCGCAUACGAAAUUGUAAGGCGAGUGGUGUUUGAAACGCGUGGUAGCACACAUGUCACAAAAUUCCUUGAAGUGCUAACGGGACUUAUUUCUGAUGAAGAUCACGGGGAAAAGUUCAUGCAUCCCAACACCAAUUUGAUUCUUUUCGAAUCCUGUGUGUAUAGGCCUGCUUUACAAACCUAGUGAGCCAUUGAUAUUUAAGUCUGAAAAAUUAGUGUACGAUGUUACUACCUUUUCUUUCAGAUUAGAUAGCCAGUUAAAGGUUAUUUAAUCUGAUAAAGAUUAUGUAAAUUGUUCAAGGUUUUGUAACCUGGAGAAGGUUAUGUAACAUAAUUAAUGUUAUGUAACCUGAUAAAUGUCGAGUAGAUUGUGAUUUCAGUCUCGACUCAGGCGGUAUUCUUCGUUCCAAGAAUAUCUCACUUCAACUGGUCGCACGAUUUUUUAAUGACGUAAACACACUUUUUCACUUACCAGGAAGGCAUAAAAGAUUUUUUUUCUAAUCAUUGUGCUAGUCACAACAUAUGUUGAUCUAAAUUUCAAUAUGCUACAAUCUCUUAAAUUGAUGUAAAGUUACAUUGCCUGUCCCGGCGAGGACGUAUUAUUCUCCCAUAUGUUUUUAUUGAAUUUAUCGUCAAAUUUGUCAAGGUUUUCUAAUACCAAGGUAUUUUCCACUUUCUUGAUAAUUAUGCACAAAGAAGCGACAAUGUCGCAUGAAAAUGACGCGCCCGUUUCGAGAGGUUUGUUUAAGAAGUUUCUGUUUUUGUAAUACGCAUCUUAUGAUCGCCAUGAUUGAAGAUUUGAUAAAAAUUUAUUUGCAAAGGACUGGUUUAUUUUUGAAGUUCACUCGAACGUUUGCUGAUACAGUGUAGUAAAGAGAAAAUGACUCACAUUGAAAAGUAAAAACAUUGAUAUUUCUUAUUAUUAAGGCUUCAGGUUGUAUUAGAAUUUAGAACUGUCCGUUUUUUUUGACCUGUGGUUUUGAGUAUGUUAAAAACGAGCAUUUGAGAUUUGCAUAAAAUUGGGUGGGAGUCAUCCUGCCAUUAAUUAAUUAAUGAUUUGA